AGCUUCAGCAUUACUGUGGAAUCCACAAUUUGACACAACGAAGAAGUUAAAAAAAGGAAAUAAGUGAAAACAUGUUGAAAAUUAGCCUCGUACUUAGAGCACUGUGUACAUGUGUGUGUUCUUUAAGUCUCUCUGCGCCAUGUUGUCACGCUUAAUAUGGACGAAGUGAACAUCGUCUCUCUUGCCGUUGUGAGAUGCGUGGACUCCUGCUGCCUGCUGCUCGACCUGCUUGUCAGGGCGUUCUGCUGGCUUUUCCACCUCCUAUCCGGCCUGGUCACUGCCCUCCACAGCAUGCUGGUCGCUCUGAGCAGCUCCAGCUUGAUCGAGUACUGGAACUUCGCCCUCUUCUCCUUCCUCACUGCGACUGAGGCCGUCUCCUGUGCCGCGUGCGGAGCACUGCAGACUCUGGGAGGGGUGUUGGAGAGUUUUAAAAUGGUGGGUCACCUCAUCUGUCAUUUGGCGUGGAGGAUAAAAGACUUGCUGCAUCGCGGGUUUCUUUCAGGGAGCAGCAUCCUACGACAGACAUGCGAGGGCCUCUGCAUAGCGCUCAGCCUGGUUCUGUAUUUUGUCAACACGGUGGUCAACAUCGUCCUCAUCAGCACGCAGAACUGUGCAAGUGUGCUGGCGGGGGUCUGGGAGGUGGUGGCGGUCCCUGUGCACAGGGUGUUGGACCUGGCUCUGACUCUCCUGACGUUCCUGUACAGCUGCCUGGUCGGGGUCUCUGUGCUGCUCUGGACGCCCUGUCAGCUGCUGCUGGACUUCCUUUCCGCUCUGGUUCGAGUCUUCCUCACUGUUCUGACAAUGGACUCACACCUAAUGUUCAUCACUGCGGUCCUCAUCUUCCUCGCUCUGCUCUUUCUGAACCCCAGACUUUCUGUCCUUGCUGCACACCUGAGCCUCCGAUUAGUGAAUGCUCUCCCGGGAGCAGGUCACAUACGGACAAUACUUGAACACACUCUGAUCAAUCACGAGCUUCACACCUGGAUAGCACGAGAGGAGAGCAGAGCGAGGUCUCAACGCACACACACAGGUUCUUCAAUCACUGAAAAUGACCUGCCAGAGACAGAACCAAGCCCACCCAACCCUCUGCAGCUCCACACUCAGCGGGACGGCGAUCCAGUGAGCAGAUGCAGGUCGAGGCCAUCAAAAAACAAAUCCCCUGAGGUCAGCGUCCCUCUGAAGGAUGUGGAGCUGCUCAGCCUGUUGAAGGAGCAGGAGGAGAGGAAGAAGUGCGUCAUCUGCCAGGACCGGAGUAAGACAGUGCUGCUGCUGCCGUGUCGUCACCUUUGUCUCUGUCGACUCUGCGCCGACAUCCUGACACAGCGGCGCGCUGUGCAACAACGCUGCUGCCCGCUCUGCCGGCAGCCAAUCACACAGACCAUGGACGUCUUCCUCUGACCUGCAGAUCAAGACAGAAACAAGCCUGCCUGAGCUUCAUUUUCUUUUCCUGCUUUCUAAUCCAUGACGAAGUCUAAGUGUUGAACUCAAACAUAAAUGCAUCUCAAAGUGCCAACUGCUGGUUGUUUGUUUGUUACAUGUCUGAAUGUUUUCUAAAGAAAAUCAGGAAACUUUUCUAUUUCACUGAACAGCAUUUGUGCACUUUUCUGUUUCACCAUGAAUCAAUAAUUAUGUUUAUGUAUGUUUGCCAAAACUCUAAGGAAGCUCUUGGUAUGUCAGAAGUUGGGAUGACUGUUUUGUCACUAUGUGGCAGCUGAUAUAUAAACACUGGAUUAGUGCAUGUGUACAGAAGCUCUAAGUGGUCAUACAUGUUAUAUCUCAUUUACUUUGUUUUCCUGUGACAAGUAAAUUCUCAGUUGUUUUCUCAGCGAUCUUAAUUUAACGUCAGAUAACUUGAAUCCAACGAUUUGCCAAAGCACAAAACAAACACAGUAAUAGUCGUAAUUUAAAUAAAAUAAUCUGUGGAAAUUAAAUUUAGAUGAAUGUUAUUAGGUAGCUUAUUUUAGCUCUUUUUUUCAUAUUACAUAAUUAUAUUUAUGCCUUACAUGUUUAUCUUAUUUAUCAAAGUAAGAGUUUAAAAGAAGACCUCUGAUUUAAAUCAAUGUCCUACAAAUCCAAAAAGUGUCCUCCAGGUGAGUUAAUGAAUGAAGAAUGUUACAGACUGCCACAGUGUUUUCAGAUGAUGAAUGUGAACAUUUUGUUGUUUACUUGAACUGUUGUUCCACUUUUUACCCAGUACUUUCUAAUAAAUGUGCUGCCAUGCUUUGAAUAUUUAA